AUGUCAAUUGAAAGGAAAGCUACUUGGGCCGCGCUCCCCUCUACAACAAGGGCCGUUUCGGUUCACCUGUCGUACGAUCUCAAAUCUGAUAGGCUGGCAUAUGCUUCAGGAAAAUCGGUUUACUUGCGUUCUGUUGCCAAUCCGGCCGAAACGGUGCAGUUCAAUGGUCACAACUUCAACACCACGGUGGCCAAGUUUGCGCCCUCUGGUUUCUACGUGGCCUCCGGAGAUGAGUCGGGUAAUGUCAAGAUUUGGGACGCUGCUGGUGACGAACAGAUCGUUAAGGGCGACUACACGGUCAUCAAUGGCAGAAUCAAUGAUCUUGCCUGGGAUGCUGAUAGUCAGAGGAUUAUAGCAGUGGGUGAUGGUAAAGAGAGAUACGGACAUUGUUUCACGUGGGAUUCCGGCAACACCGUCGGUGAGAUCUCGGGCCACAGCGCCGUUGUGAAUGCUGUUGCAAUCAGGCCUGUUAGACCUUACAGAGCAGCUACUGUUUCAGACGAUGCAGGGCUUGUAUUUUUGCAGGGUCCCCCUUUCAAGUUCUCUAUGAGUGUCAGGGGCAACCACACCAACUUCGUGCGCGAUGUGGCUUUCUCGAAAGAUGGAAACUUUAUUGUCAGUGUUGGUGCCGAUAGGGCAAUUGUGCUGUAUGACGGAAAAUCAGGUGAAUUUUUGAAAAAGAUUGGUGAGUCUUCGUCUCAUGAAGGUGGUAUCUUUGCCGUUUCGUGGGUUCUGGACAGCACCACCGAGUUUGUAACCGCGUCUGCCGAUGCUUCGGUCAAACUGUGGGAUGCCGAGUCCGGUGAGUUGAUCAGAACCUGGUCUUUGGAGAAGAGUUUGAGCAACCAGGUUCUGGGAGUUGUUUCCACGAAGGACUACAUCAUUUCCUUGACCUAUUCGGGAGACUUGUACUAUUGGACAAAAGACUCCGACUCUCCUGCCAAAAUCGUCAGUGGACAUCAGAAGUCUAUAACAUCUCUGGUUGAAGUUGGCGACAAGCUCUACUCCUCAAGUUAUGACGGACGUGUUGUGAACUGGGAUCUCGAGUCUGGGUCUGCGGAAGUCGUUGCUGGUGAAGGACACUCCAAUCUUGUAGUCGGCAUUGCAAAGUCUGAAACCGGUACCUUGACAACUGCCGCCUGGGAUGAUACAGUCAAGACCAUAGCUGGAGGUAAAUUCACAUCGUCAUCUUCGCUUGACCAACAACCGGUGGGAAUUGCUUCAAAUGGAAAGAUCUCCGUUGUUGCUACGGAAGAUUAUUUGGCCUCCUACGAAGGUUCAACUCUGCUGAAAAAGAUCAAGCUUGACUUCCCAGCAACCACUGUGGAUAUUUCGUCGUCAGUUAUCGCAGUUGGUGAUGCCAGUGGCUUCAACGUGAAGCUGUACUCCACGGACCUGACUCCCUCGUCCUCGUCUCUGCCUGCUCUGCGUUCCAAACCUUCAUCGCUCAAGAUUUCCCCAGAUGAGAAAUACCUCGCAGCAGGUGAUGUAAGUGGAAAGAUCACCCUUUACGACCUGGCCACUUAUACGGUGAAGACAUCCAGGUGGGCUUUCCACACAGCCAGCAUCAACUCGAUGAGCUGGCACAAGGACAACGACCAUCUGGUGAGUGGGUCUCUGGACACAGGUUUCAUUGUGUAUUCGGUCUCGAAGCCGGUGAAGAACAUAAAAAGCACUAAUGCUCACAAAGAGGGAACUAACGCAGUGGAAUGGUUGGACGAAUCGACUAUCGUCACUGCUGGGUCCGACGCGGCUCUCAAGUUCUGGAAGGUUACUUUCCACUAG